UGAUAACGCCGCUUCAUAUUAUGUUUAAUAAAACCCAAAAGAAAAAUAUAUUGUGUUUGUGCGGCCGCCAGGCGGAAGAUAGGGUUUUCCCCCUUUCCCCUCCCUCUCCUUUUCUCCAACAAGUCAGUCUGUCAGCGAGCUAGGACAAAUCUCACCACAAGGCUUUUCAGCAGCAAGUGAAGGAGACAAGAGCACGAAGCGCUCUACUAAAGCCAUAACCCACGGGGAUUUAGCCAUCCAGCGCCACCGCCACUUCACCGCACACUGGUGUUCUGCGUUUUGUCUCUCUAUUAAGGACAUCAAUCGAUGUGCUAGAGUUUACUAAUUAUUUCUACUUUCUGUACUUUUUAUUCUCAUGCCCACAUUUGAGACCUACAUGCCAGGUACGAUCGGUUUCGUCGAAAUCCAGUGCGCAAGAGGAAGCCGGAGUCAGUGAAGGACUCGGUGCGCAAAAAGAAGCCGGAGUCAGUGAAGGACUCAGUGCGCAAAAAGCAGCCGGAGUCAGUGAAGGACUCAGUGCGCGGAGGAAUAACAAGGAGAGCGCAGGAGAGCAAGUGGAGGAGAGAAGAAAAAGAAGAAGGAAAAGAAAGGCAUCGGCGCGGUUUUCUUUCUGAGAAUGUAACUUUGCGAGGCCAAAACGCAUUUCGUUUUAAUUACACAUCCAUCUGUUGUCGUGCUUUUAUUGCUUUAUUUUUUGCAUCCUUUAUCUCUUGGGGGGAAAAAAACGCAUCAGAAGACGGAAGGUACGAAAAGGGGUAAUGGGAAAGAAGAGAGAUCUUGCAGCCGAAGACAGCGCGAGAAUUUCAAUACAAUUAGACUCUUGCCAAUUGUAAAGCUGACAAAAACCCGGAUUAAAAAGCGACUUGGUGUCAGGAUUGCUGCUGUUAGUGGAGUUUUCUUUCCACGACUGAUUGAGCCACAGACUUUGAUUAAAGAACAAAAAGCCAGCAAUUAAUAAAUUCUAGCCUAGACGUUUUGGGGCUUUCUGUAAAAGUGUGCCUUUACAGAAUAAUUAGUGGGAUUUCAUCUGCUACAUCUCAGAGCGGAUAAUCAAAACUCGACAUUAAUAAAACGUGCCUUUGGUUUUGCGCUGAUAUCCAUGCGGACACAUUGCACCUUAACGCACUGACGGAUUCCCCCUGUAGCCUUACUGAGCUUUAGGCUUUGUUCCUAAAAGCUUCCUCCUACUGUGUUUUCGGGGAGAAAAAUCUCCUUUAUCCAUGAUGUGGGAACGCAGAGCGGGUUCUGGGCUUGAAAUGGCGAACCCGAGCUGCGCAAACGCGCUGGGAUUUCUGCUCAUAUUAUUGGUGGAUUUACUCGGAAUCACAGCAACGAACAUGGAGCCAAUCUACUGGAACUCCAUGAACAAAAGGUUUAGUGAUGAUAGAGGUUAUAUCCUGUACCCUCAGAUAGGGGACCGACUGGACCUCAUCUGUCCUGCGUCAGACCCCCCAGGACCGCGCGCUUCAGCUGAGUAUGAGUACUACAAGCUCUACCUGGUGUCCUCCCGCGAUCAGGCAGACAGAUGUGAGGUGACGGGAACUCCGAACCUGCUGCUCACCUGUGACAAGCCCAGCAGCGAUAUGCGCUUCACCAUCAAGUUCCAGGAAUAUUCACCCAACCUCUGGGGGCACGAGUUCAAAACCCUGCAUGACUACUACAUCAUCGCCACGUCGGACGGCACACGUCAUGGGCUGGAGAGCAUGAGAGGAGGAGUGUGUGCCACACAGGGCAUGAAGGUGGUGCUCAAAGUUGGACAAAGUCCCUACGGAUUGCCCCCAAAAUCUGCCAAACCAGACCAGGCAGGUCAUACCAACACCAGAAACCAAGGUGGCAGUGGGAACACAACUCUCCCUAGAGUGCCUGGUGGGGGCGGAGCCACAGCAGGUGGUGCAAACGGUCCUCUCCCCGCCUCCAACAUUGCCGUCAUCGCAGGAGCAGCCGGAGGCUCCGCCUUCCUCCUUCUGGUCACUGCAGUGAUCUGUGUGGUGUGCUACCGCCGGCGGCACUCGAAGCAUUCGGAGUCGCACCACCCGCCGCUUUCUCUCUCAUCUUUGACCUCACCCAAGCGCGGGGGUGGAGGAGGGGGUGGGAACAACAACGGCUCCGAGCCAAGUGACAUCAUCAUCCCACUGCGCACUUCAGACUCGGCCUACUGCCCGCACUAUGAGAAGGUUAGCGGGGACUACGGGCACCCAGUCUACAUUGUGCAGGAGAUGCCGCCUCAGAGCCCCGCCAACAUCUACUACAAAGUAUGAGAACGGGCGCACAGAAAAUGAAUACCAGCCUGCAGUGCCCAGACCACACCCCCUCACCUACUACCUAAACCAUAGCAGUAUGAACCGACAUCUCCUGUAUCUCUGCAGUCUCAGCUCUGACUGUGAAAGCCCCAAACCCUGUGACUGAAUCCCACACACACCCACACACACACACACACCCACACACACAUAUAUAUAUCUAUACACAUAUACACACACCUCCUAAACCUCUGACUCUUCUAAUGAGGAGGAGCGUGUUUUAAGUAUUGAGAGAAAAUCCCUGUGUGAGGGCUAUUUUUUCUUCACCUAAGAGCAAGAAAAGCUCUCGUAACAUUAAACCAGACCCCUUUGGAGCAAGAGAGAGAAGCAAUGUCUUGAAGUCUCUCGAAGGCGUCCCCAACACACCAUAAAACGAACCAUUGUGAAGUACCGGCAAAAAUGAAAUAAAACAAAAAAAAAAUGAAAAGAAAAAAGACUGAAAGUAAACUGAUCUUAGAGCAGUGUGAUGUUACCUGAACUUGAAGACAACUCACAAAUAGCAGUUUAGUUUGUCCCGUUUGUGUUCGUUAUUCCUCGGAUAAGAAGAGGCGCACCUGGCUCAGCCAAUUACGAUGCAGUGCUGCCAUCACAUGACCCAAGGCCCUGCAUUUGAUUAGAGGAGCCAUAGUCGCAUUGAAGAUCUUGUAUAUUUUAAUAACGUGCGUAUUUUGUGAGUGUGUAGGGUAAUAAUUACGACACUGCUGUCGCACAGAGUGUGACAGUGUGUGCGCAUAUCGUGUGCUUCAGUUACAGUGUGUUGGUGUGUGUGCGCGUGUGUGUGUUUAUCUGUAAGAGAGGAUCGUACAUGAGUGAAUGUGAGUUAGACUGUUUCAAAACCAAAACACAAAAAACGAGCGAAUAUCAAAAAGUGUUUUUUUUUUUUAUCGCUUUCAUUCAAUAUAGAAAAUAAUUAUAUAUGAAUAUUCAGUAAAAUAAUUUCUAGAUGUCCUUUUCUCCUUUUUUUUUUUCUUUUCAAAAUGUAAAACACAAUAUCUGUUGUUAGACCAUUUUGCUUUUCUUUUCUGCGCUUUACAAAAAAAAAAGCUGACCCUGUUUCUCCUUUGUAUUGUAAGUUAAUUUAAUACUUUGUAUUUCAUUUCACAAAGGUUUUACGUUUUGUUGUAUUUUUUUUUUCCCUAGUCAUUCCUCAUUUUCCAGGAGUCUCCACUCUCCAUGUAUAUUUUUAUAGCUCCUUGUACAAUGAUGUAGUUUUUGAAGCUAGACCUCGUUUCGUGAAAGUGUUGAGGUAGAGGCACAAUCUGAGAAGUUUUUUUUUUUUUU